AUGUCUCUCGCAAUUCAGCGCCAGCGCUUGGGCAAGCUUCCCAAUGGCUUGCUAGAUGUUGUUUCCCACCACCACCCGCUCUCAGCUCCAAGGGGAGCCACUGCUUCCCACCUUCUGCAACGCCGUUCUUUGACAGUCGAGGCCCUUGACGCCCAGCGUGACAGGAGGGAAAGAGUCGUCAUUCUAGGCUCGGGAUGGGCCGGCUACACCGUUGCCCGUAGGCUCGACCCUAAAAAGUACCAAGCCGUUGUUGUCUCGCCGCGCUCGUAUUUCGCCUUUACUCCUCUUCUGGCUUCCACCUCCGUCGGUACCCUCGAGUUCCGGACUGCCCUGGAACCUGUCCGCAGCAAGAGAACCAACGUCUCCUACUUCCAAGGCUGGGCCGAUGAUGUUGACUUCAAGAACAAGCGCAUCACGGUCGAAGAGGGUGUAGAAGACGCGGAACAGGGCGUUGCCUUGGCCGCUGAUCGUCACGCUGGCGAGUCUCGAGAAGAGAGGGCCAUGGAGAAAGUCGAAGAAGCAAAGAAGGGCCAGUUGUUCGGCCUUCCGUACGACAAGCUCAUUGUUACGGUCGGUUGCUACAGCCAGACUUUCGGUACCCCGGGUGUCAAGGAAAACGCUUUCUUCCUGAAAGAUGUCGGUGAUGCGAGAAAGAUUCGUAACCGCCUUCUUCAAUGCUUUGAAACAGCUGCUCUGCCCACGACUACCGAAGAGAUGCGCAAACAUCUGCUUAACUUUGCCAUUGUUGGCGGUGGUCCCACGGGCAUUGAGUUCUCUGCGGAAUUGCAUGACAUCAUCAGGGAAGAUCUCUCCAAGCUUUACCCCGACCUCAUGCACCACUACCGUAUUACGGUGUACGACGUGGCUCCCAGGGUCCUUUCAAUGUUUGACGAGAACCUGAGCAAGUACGCCCUGAAGACUUUCUCGAGAGAAGGCAUCCAGAUCAAGACUUCCCACCAUGUUGAGUGGCUGCGCCCCGGUGUGCCCAGUAAGGAAGAAGGAACUUCUCAGGUCAAGGAUCCCAAGUCCUGCUACACCUUGAAGGUGAAGGAGGAGGGCGAAAUUGGCGUUGGCAUGGUUGUCUGGAGCACAGGUCUCAUGAUGAACCCAUUCAUACAGAAUGCGCUUUCAAGGACCCAGCUUUUGCCGAACCAAAUGCGUCUCCAAGCGCCAAAUGGCGAGAAACCAGAGGCCGACGAGUGGGUGGUCAAGAAGCACCCGAAGACUGGCGCUGUCAUCACCAACGAUCAGCUUCGCGUCAUCCUGGAACCGAAGGGACAGGGCGAAGACGGCAAGGCACGGGCCGUCAUGGAAGACGUGUAUGCGUUGGGCGACUGUGCGACCCUGGAGGGUACCAUGUACCCGGCUACCGCGCAGGUCGCGAGCCAGAAGGCGGAGUGGCUUGCCCAAAGACUCAACAAGUCCGACAUCGAACAACACGGCUUUACCUGGAAGAACAUGGGCGUCAUGGCGUACCUUGGUAACUGGAAUGCCAUCAUGCAGAGCGGUGGUGGUGGGAACAUCUCUGGUCGCGCCGCGUGGUUGAUAUGGCGUGGAGCGUACCUCACCAAGAGUGUGAGCUUGAGGAACAAGAUCCUGAUCCCGAUGUACUGGUUUAUCAACUGGAUCUUCGGGCGGGAUAUCAGCCGGUUCUAG